CGCGUUUGCAAGUCCGCUUUCUACCUACUGCCGCCACCGUCACCGUAAUCUCUCCGCGGGUGGCUUCAUCCGUUGUGCGAGGACCGCCACUUAAAGUAGAUGGGGAAACCCCUGAAGCUGCGGCCGAUUCUCUGAGUGUUGACUCCAGGACCUAUACCUUUGUGUAUUUUAUAAUCCCUACAAGUAUCAGUCUCUAACAUGGCCAUAGCUUCUUUGCGUCAUGGAGUGACCAUCGCUGGAGCUAUCCUGCUGGUGACGGGAACACUGUGCUUUGCUUGGUGGAGCGACAGUGAAAUGGGGGUCACUGCACCCAGCAGUGACCCCAAAGUCACGCCUCAAGGAGAAACGGAACUUAUGACCAGGGCUUCCUCUUCCAGUCCUGUACUCAGAUCAAUCAGCUUCUUCUGUUGUGGAAUUGGUGGCCUUCUUCUUCUGUUUGGACUCCUUUGGUCAGCCAAUGCUGGAAUAAUUUCCCGGCACUACCAGUACCAUUUUUCCAGCAACCUUCAGUACUCCACAGUUGAACCUCUUGAAAAGCAGACAUGCAGCACCUGGGAAACCACCAGUAUUCCCACUUAUGAGGAGGCUUUGAAUUGUCAACCGGCUGAAAAUGCCUUCAGCGACAUGGAGUCUCAGAUUUCAAAGGAGAUCAGGCUGCCCUUAUAUCAGGUGGUGGAUGAAAAUCACAAAGGGCAGGGCAGCCGAAGACGCAGCUCCUCUGACGGCGUUUUGUUUCGGAACAUUCUACCCAAGCCAAGCUUAGCAUCGCAGGAUGAAGCUAUCAUUGUCUGUGACACUCCACCCCCAAGCUAUGAGAGCAUAGGCUUGUGUGAUGGAUGAUCCAGGCAUCUUUUAUAGCACUGUGUAGGAAUUUCUGGGAUGCUGUAGAGAUUUGUUUCCCUUUAAUUACUUGUGGCACAUUGGGAUAAAUAACUGCUGUAUAUAUAUUUUUUUUGUAGGAGCUUUUGCUAAAUUAUCCAAGAGUAGUCUCAAUGUUGUUUUGUAGUAUGUGAUUAAUACGUAAACCUCAUGGAUGUCCAAAUUCUUUGGAGGGGCAUCCAAAAUAUGAACUUAAUAUAACAGAACUGACUUGGGGAGAACUACUUGAAAGUUAGAAGGAAAGUUCACAACAAAUUUAGAAUAGAGUAGAGUAGAGUAGAAUAGAAUAGAAUAGAAUAGAAUAGAAUAGAAUAG